GUCUUUUGUGGUGCUUUCAAAAGGUUUCAGUUGCACAUAGUGGAUCUUGAUCCUUCCUCGGUCACAACUGGAGGCUGGCUUGAAGAUACCUCAUUAGUUGAGAAGUAUAACAUCUCAGAAGAGGACUAUGCUAAACGAACUGACAGUUUUAGGAAGUUCAAAGAAAAAAGAGUGUCUCAGAAUCCAGCUGCUUCUGAGGUUAAGGUGGGAGAUAGAUGCCAAUUUGAGGCAGGGGAGAAAAGAGGAGUGGUCAAAUAUGUUGGAAGAGCAGAGUCGUUGGGUCCUGGCUAUUGGGUUGGGAUCCAGUAUGAUGAACCCCUUGGCAAACACGAUGGCAUGUAUGUAAACUUCUUUCUAUAUUAUAGUCACAUUAAGUUUGAACUCCUUCACAGUAUAAAGUACAUACAACAAGUCUUUUCUUGUUCUCCAACUUUGUUUCCACUUGCAGCUCAUGUUUCUGUGCUAGUAAAACCUCUUUGAGGUUCUUAUAUUGGUUAGCUAUAAGACUAGUUAAUGCCUUAAUAGGCCUAAGAUUAUGUAUCACUCUCAAUCUAAGUUUUGGUUGAAUUCUACUAUAUUUGGCUCUAGGGUGGACUAUGUUCUUAUUUAGUUGGCUGCAUAGAUUGAAUUUGUAAGCCACAUUUUCUGUGUGUUGGCUUGCAGGUUGGUGAGUAUCCUGAAAGAGACCCUUUACGUCAAACCAGAGAAAGGAGUUUGAGAGAUUUUGGCUUUUGUGUUCUACAUCCACUCUUUAUGUUACUAUUCACUACACUUUGCUUGGUUAAAACACAAUGCAACAACGCUUAAGUAAUUAAAUUUUUAUGAAAGUUAUGAUAUACUCAAUUAUUCAACAGCUUUGCAUAUAUAUAUAUCACGAAGGGAAAAGAACUCUCAGUCUAUGUCUUGCACCAAGUUGUUGAUCAUCUUAGCAAGAGGAACAGUUCCCUUUGUCAUGAUCUCAAAUCUCGAUCUAUUAGAAGCAUGCGAGAAGAGAGAACACCCAAAGAACACCAAAUCCGGGAGAAGCAGCCUCGACGACAAGAAGCCAUGCCAGUAACUUGUCUGCAGAUCAAAGAACGCAUCAAAGAAUCUCCUAGUAGCUUCCAAAUCGAGCUUCAGCAAAAUAUCCAUCCCAAAACAGGCUACAAGUCUCUCCACACCUCAGCAGAGAGUUCAUCUCCUCUCACCGAAGCCUUAAUCUUCACACCGUCACUGCAGACCACAGUGGAGCUCACCUCCUAGUGAGCCACGCUAGUGACCUUAGCCUGAUGAAACGUAACGCCGUUUGUUAUGCAUUUCUGAAGCAUUUUGGAUUUGAGCUGUUUCCGGUUAACUCUCCCGUAAGGCCGGUUUAGAUCCUUCUUGGCAUUAUCAUCGAUAUAGGCAACAUCACCGGACCAAGGCAAUCUAGCAAGUCCAUAGCUAAAAGAUGAGAAGGGAUAC